AUAACAUCGUUUAUUGUACAUUUUGGGGAAUAUUUCCAUCUUCAGAUGAAGAAGAGUUUGAAGGAAUUAUUCCAGGUUUAACAUCUGAAGUCUGCAUGAUAUAAAACUGUAAUUAUGGAGGUUAUUAAAGAGGAGAGUGACAACACGAGUGAUCCAGAACACUGCAGAAUUAAAAUCGAAGAUACUGAAGAACAAACAGGCCUGUUGGAACUAACUGAAGUGAAGGAGAAAAACCAUCAAUAUCAGAAACCACAUCAUAUCAUAACUGGAGAAAAUGCCACAUGCCUUCAGUGUGGCAAGACCUUUACAUCUGAAGCAGUUCUUAAACACCACAUGAUAAUUCACACUGGAGAGGAGCCUUUUACAUGUCCUCAGUGUGGAAAGAGCUUCAGAUAUAAAGUAAAUCUUAGAAGGCACAUACGAAUCCACACUGGAGAGAUGCCUUUCCCAUGCUAUCCAUGUGGAAAGAGCUUCAGAUACAAAAGCAGUCUCGAUAGUCAUAUGCACAUCCAUUCUGGAGAAAGGUCCUUUAACUGUGAUCAGUGCAAUAAAACAUUUCUUUUGGAAUCAUACUUAAAAAGACACCUGAAAAAUCAUGCAAAUGAGAAGCCUCACUUGUGUUCUGUCUGUGGAAAAAGGCUUUCAAGUGUGUAUUGUUUAAAAGAUCACCAGAAAAUGCACACCGGUGUGAGAGAUCAUGUAUGUUCUGAGUGUGGGAAAUCCUUCACUACAGCUGAAGGCUUGAAGAAGCACCAAAUAAUUCAUACUGGGGAAAAACCCUACAAGUGCUCACACUGUGGAAAGAACUUCAAUCGAUCAGGAAGCCUGAAAACACACAAGCGAGUGCAUACUGGAGAGAAACCAUAUCGAUGCACUUCAUGUGGGAAAACUUUCAAACAAUUAUGUAGUCUACAGGCUCAUUUGAAAAAGCGUUGCCCAAAAUCAUGUAGGGUUGAAAAUUAAGAAAGAAGCUAAUUUCUGUGUUACAACCAUUUCCUUAUGAUAACAGGCUAUGAUAUAGAGUGGUGGUGGCAUAGUGGCUAAAGCACAGGGAAGUUAAUCAGAAGGUUGCUGGUUCGAAUCCCACGGCCACCACCAUUGUGCCCUUUAGCAAUGGGGGGAUUGUCCCUGUAAUAAUUGCACUGUAAGUCGCUUUGGAUAAAAGCAUCUGCCAAAUGCAGAAAUGUAAAUGUAACAGAUCUGUUGCAUUACAGAGGGUGCUGAUAGGGGUCUGUCAGACUAUAGGCCUUUAUCACAGUCCACUUGUCAUCACAUACGGCUCUGAAUAGUAGCAUAACCGAACAUCGUAAUAUUUAUGUCUAUGGAUGAUUGCCUGUGUGGAAAAUGUUUAUGCUUAAUUUAUUUUCUAUUAUUUCUUAUUAGCUGUAAAUUGCUUUCUGUAAAUGAACCAAACAUGUUCAAAUACUAAGAAAAAUAGUUUCUCUUUUUGUAGCUAAGUCCACUGAAGUUUCUUUGUAUGGCCAUCUCUGCCAAGGUCAAAGAGGAAAAGGGAGGCAGAGAACUGUGUCUUAUCAGAGGGCACAGCGAAGAGUGAAAAAUAUCUUAUUAUUAUGGAAUGUGCUGAGGAAGACUUGUGUGGAUGAAGAAUAUAGUAUUUUAGGACAUUAACCUGUCCUUGUAAGGUGAAGAAAGAUAGGAGGUUCUAUGGUAAUUACUUUUUAUAUUUAGACAAUCAUUUAGUUGAUUCUUUGUCUUCUGAACAAUGAAUAUGCAUGAUUGUGUUGGAUAAAUAUUCUGUAUUGUGGAACCAACCCAACUU